UUUCCCUAAAAUUUUAAGAGAGGAGAAUGAAUAAAAGCACAGUCGCACUCAGACUCAGUAGACUUGAGGUUGGUCUGGCAUGAAAAUCGCCGGACAUCCCACUUUAAGCUAUCUCCCAUUUUUUCACAGGCAUCGUCAAACAUGGCCGAGAUGCCCUUCAAUUUCUCCUCAACCUUUGUCCGGUUUGUCGUCAAAUACCCUAACUACCUCCUCUCUCACCAAAAGAGUCGUUGGAAGUCUCAUUUCCAUCAAUCCAAAAACAGCUUUCCAAGCUUAUUUAGAGACUUGUGUCUCUCUGUUGAAGAACUUUUCCAAUCAAGGCCUGGCCAGAGAAGGGAGAAUCCUUCAUGCGCAUCUGCUCAAAAUGGGUGUCUCAUCAAAUAGAUAUAUAGCCAUCAAGCUCUUAAUCAUGUACUUGAAUUGCAAGAAAACUCUUGACGUUGAUAGAAUCUUAAAAGAACUUGGAGAGUUUGAUAUUGUGGCAUGGAACUGCAUGAUUUCGGCUCAUAUUGAGAACGGAAAUUUGGAAGGAGCUCGUCGUUUGUUUGAUGAAAUGCCCAAAAGAAAUGAAGUCUCCUGGACAGCGUUGAUUGCAGGUUUCAUGAAAUUUGGAAGAGUGGAUGAUUCAAUGUGGUAUUUUGAGAGGAAUCCAUUCCAGAAUGUGGUAUCCUGGACUGCUGCAAUUAGCGGGUUUGUUCAAAACGGCUUAAAUUUUGAUGCCUUAAAACUUUUUCAGGAAAUGCUUGAAAGUGGAAUCCUGCCAAAUGAGGUGACUUUCACAUCUCUCGUUAGAGCUUGUACAAGCUUAGGUGAUACAGGAUUAGGCAGGAGUGUUUUUGGACUGAUUGUCAAAACUGGCUUUGAACACAAUAUAUCGGUUUGUAACUCCUUAAUCACGUUGCACCUUAGGAUGGGUGAGGUUGAUUUGGCAAGGAUGGUUUUUGAUCAGAUGGAGGAGAGAGAUGUUGUUUCUUGGACUGCAAGCAUCGACUUGUACAUUAAGACAGGCGACUUGAUGGAAGCUCGUCGGAUCUUUGAUGAGAUGCCCGAGAGAAAUGAAGUUUCUUGGAGUAUGAUGAUUGCAAGAUAUAAUCAGAGUGGUGAGGCAGAAGAAGCAUCGAAACUCUUUAAACGAAUGGUUCAUAAUGGGUUUAAACCAAAUAUCUCUUGUCUCUCCAGCAUUCUUAGUGCAUUGGCCAGCCUUGAGGCUUUGCUACCAGGGAAAAGCAUUCAUGGACAUGCCAUAAAAGUUGGGAUUGAGAAGGAUGUUUUCAUUGGGAGCACUCUAAUUGACAUGUAUUGCAAAUGCGGACAGACUUUAGAUGGACGCCAAGCCUUUGACUCAAUUUCUGAUAGAAAUUUAGUUUCUUGGAAUUCAAUGGUUGCCGGUUAUAGCCUGAAUGGCCAAUUAGAAGAGGCAAAGGAGUUGUUUGAGCAGAUACCCAAGAGGAACAUUGUCUCUUGGAACACAAUUGUUGCAGGGUAUGUUCAAAAUGAACACUGUGAACAUGUAUUGGAGGUCUUCAAUGAGAUGCUUUUAUCUGGAGAAAUUCCCAACCAAUCAACCUUCUCAAGUGUCCUACGAGCUUGUGCAAGUUUGGCCUCGAUAGAGAAAGGCAGGAACCUCCAUGGGAAGAUCAUUAAACUCGGGAUUCAGCAGGAUGUGUUUGUGGGGACUGCACUUACUGACAUGUAUGCUAAAUCUGGAGACAUUGUGAGCUCUAAGAGCGUCUUCAAUAGGAUGCCUGAAAAGAAUGAGAUCUCUUGGGCUGCAAUGAUUCAAGGGCUUGCAGAUAAUGGUUUUGCAGAGGAUUCUCUUAUCCUGUUUGAGGAAAUGAAAAGAUCAGCACGUGUUGCUCCUACAGAGCUUGUCUUUUUAGCUGUUCUUUUUGCUUGUGCCCAUUGUGGGUUGGUUGACAAAGGGUUUCAGUACUUCGAGUCAAUGGAGAGGAUUUAUGGUAUAAAGCCAAGGGGUAGACACUACACUUGCAUGGUGGAUAUGCUGGCUCGAUCAGGGCGCCUUAGUGAGGCUGAGAAGUUCAUUGAAGCAAUGCCUUUUCAGCCUGAAGCUAAUGCAUGGGCAGCUCUAUUAAGUGGAUGUAGUAUUUAUAAGAAUGAGGAUAUGGCGGAAAGGACUGCUAGGAAGCUUUGGGAAUUGAUGGAGGAAAACUCUGCUGGUUACAUCUUGCUUUCAAAUAUCUAUGCAUCAGUUGGGAGAUGGAAUGAUGUUUCAAAAGUAAGGAAGUUGAUGAGAGAGAAGGGAUUAAAGAAGAUUGGGGGGUGUAGUUGGGUUGAGGUUAGAAAUCAAGUCCAUUCUUUCUAUUGUGAGGAUGGAUGCCACACACAAUCAGCUGAGAUUUAUGGUAUUUUAGAACUUUUGAUGUCUGAAAUGAUGGUUUUCCAGAACUUGCAGAGUUAAUGAUCUGAGUAGUGGUUUUGAAGUUGUUACUUGAGAAUAAUUUCAAACAUUGUUGCGGGUUGUAGAUUAAAAAAGACCAUUACUCAAUGUUGGUCCUAGCUAUUUAGGAUCUUGGGAGGGGUAGGCUGGAUGCGGUCCUAGCUUUUUUUUUUCCUCGCACAAAAUGGCUUCCCUCAGAAUUGAACCCAUGUUCUGAUGCUUACCCAGUCUGAGAUUUUCCCAUUACACCAAGUAAUGGCCCCUCAUUGUUGCGAGUUGUAAAUAUCACCGAUGAACUAUGGAAAUUCCUGGAAGUCUGGCAGUUAUCAUUUGUUAAAUUUACAGUCACUUGAUGCUUUAGGCAAUGCAGCAUUGGAGCUCUUAGAGACGGUUCUUUUUGGGAAUUCUAAGGAAAUCCAAGUGAAAGUGAUGCUUAUGGUCUUUCCUGUUGAAGAGGUUUCUUUUGUUACAUUCUGCUUGUAUCUAGAAGCUAGCAUACACAAGUUGAUAAAAGAAUAAUAUUCUUCUUGGAAGAGAUACUCAGUAUAAACAGUAGGAAGAAGGAUGACUCAGUUACAGUAAACAAUCUUAUUUACUUAAAGAUGCCCGACUUUAUUUUUGAAGUUCUAUUUGUAAUUUUGUAUUAUAACAGAAUCAUAUUAUACUAGCAAAUUGAA